AUGUUAGAUAGCGUGACGACGGCUGCUGUGGGGUAUGGGGCGAGUUGCAUGUCUAUAUUUGUUUUGUAUCCCUACCGGGACUUAACGAAAAUUUUUAGCAUUAAUCCUAUUACUCGUCUGGACCCAAUUCAAUACUCUUGGGUGCGGUAUAAGGGGAUGAUUUUAAAUCCAUCUCAGCCUUUAAUUCUUGCCUUUCCAUGGGGUCUUCUCUAUGGCGGGUUUGCUCUUGGUUCGGGUGUGCUGACGGGUGCGCUCGUCGCUGGAACGCUUCAUGGAAUGGGUAAGGUAGCUGUUCGCACCGUUGCUCGUCGUGUUGGUGGCCCACGCAGCAGGUACGAUGGAGUGGUCUAUAAAUCUCUUCUUCACUGCUUACAGGCGAGCACCAAGCAGUAUGGAAUUCUAUCUUUUUUUUCUGGAGCUUCCGCCACUGCCCUUAUUUCAACGUUAUGGCACGGCGCGUCGUUGGUUGCACUACAAGGUUCGAGACAUGACGGCUUUUUUGAGGCAUGGUGGGACGCCUUUCGUGUUCAUGCUCUUUUAACAUUUGCCACAAACCCAAUACGCAAUACUUUUCGGUCGGCGUUGCACAGCAGGGAGCGCGCUGGUGGCGUGUGUAACUUUUCAGCUUUUUUAGCAGGGGAAGCUGCAAUUUUUAGGGAAGCGGGAGGUGUGAUGAAAAAUAUGUUGCGAACAAUGGGUCUUCCCUUUUUUCUGGAGGGCGUUCUUAGAACGACCUUCAAGUCAUCUGUUCCAUUUGGAUUUACAUUCGCAUUGUUCUUGGCAUUCGGAGGGUCUCUUCCUGGUCAGGGAGGGAGAGACAACGACGGACACCGAUACCAUCGUCAUCAUAUGCCUCUUCGUCGCUUUGUUGUAUAA